UUGCUCAUGCUGGUGUACAAGGAUAAAUCUGAACGAGCAAAAGGGCAUAAGGAGAGGAGCAGCAUGACCUUAGAAGACAUCUGUGGCUUGGAUCCUGGGCUCUCCUAUGAGGGCUUGAAUCACACGCUUGCAAUCAUCUGCCUCUCUCAAGUUGUGAUGCUGGGAUUUGAGAACAAGGAAACAAUGUAUGCUUGGGAUGUACGAAUCCGCUACAGUUUGGGGGAAGUUCAUAGAUUUCAAGUCUUUGUAGCACCUGGCACUAAACUAGAGAGUGGGCCUGCUACCCUGCAUUUCUGCAAUGACAUUCUCGUCCUUGCAAAAGACCUUCCUCCCAGUGUCAUGGGGCAGUGGAAGCUCUCAGAUCUGCGUCGGUAUGGAGCUGUCCCAAAUGGAUUCAUCUUUGAAGGGGGUACCAGGUGUGGCUUCUGGGCUGGUGUCUUUUUCCUCUCUUGUGCUGAAGGAGAGCAGAUCAGCUUUCUGUUCGACUGUAUCGUCCGUGGCAUCUCCCCGACCAAAGGCCCUUUUGGUUUGCGUCCAGUCCUACCAGAUCCAAGUGCAAAUCCAGCCUAUUCAGAAGAAAGAUUGGCUCAUGAAGCUUUGCAAUUAGAAAAGCGCUUAAGCUUGCUGUCCCAUACAAGUCGCCAAGGCAGUGGAGGAGAUGAUAGGAGUCUUUCAAGCUCAUCUUCAGAUACCAGCCACUCAGACGUCAGUGUUGGGAGCAGAUUGACAGUUUGGCCUGAACAGUCUUCGGCCAGCACCUCUCAAGAGAGCCAUGGACUGGCAGCUGCGAAGGGCAUUCAUCUUGGGGAAGAAAAAACCCUUCCAGAAGGGGCACGUGGCACCACUAAACCACCUCCGAAGCCCCUCCGAUCCAGACAGCUGCAGGAAAUAGGUCGUCAGGGUUCUUCCGACGGUGGAAUAGCUACUGGUAGUCACUCUUCUUACUCUGGAAGCUUCUCUUCCUAUGCUGGGAGCUUGGAUAUUUGCCAUGGUGAUGAGUUUGGAUCAUUGCUAAGCUUGCCAUUGAACUUUCCUUCGGAUCAGAGUUUAUGUACUUGUCCUCACGGUGAGCCCCAGAGAGGUGUGGGAUCAGAGUAUCAGGUUCCCAGCUCUCUCAGACACAUUUACGAUAUCCCCAGGAGUGUGUUGCAGGCAGCUUCUAAAGAUGUGCAGCCGAAGAGUGCGGAUUCCACACUACCCAAGGACCAGGCUCUAUCUCCUCAAGGUGCUAGUGACCCAAAACUGCUACGACCACACUUGGAAGCACGGAGGGUACCCGAGCACAGCCAGGACAGAGGGAGGCCUUCACCCUUACUUGCAGAAAGCAGCAAGGACUCAAGUGAUGAGACAUAUGUGGAUUUUGUUUCACGGUGGUCAGACACAAAAACACAAGGACAGGUGUCAGACUCCAAAAGUAGUGAGUUGUCACCACCUAGUGGGGCCUCAGCUGACCCCUGUGACACAUGUAGCCCCCACCUUGGGAUGACAAGAGCUCUUUUUUCAGCUUGUCCAAUCUGUGGUGGACUAAAGACUACAGCAGUAAUUAAGGGUAUAAUCAUUUGUUUGUUUUCUGCCCUCUAUGUAAACUCUGGCAAAUGGAGGGUUGAUUCAAUAGUGCUACGGUUCACUGUGCCUGAUAGAGUUGUUGCAAAACAUCUAAAGCCAAGUUCAUUAGCCUUUCCUAAGGGAACAGCAGUACUGCAGUCUGGAGUCUUACCAGCUAUAUCAG